AUGCCAGAUAUUUGUCAAAGUGUUGGAUUGUUGAGAAAAUUCGUGGAGAAACCCCAAGAAUGUCAUCUUAUAGCAAUGAAGAGGUUGUUGAGAUACACAAAGGGUACAAUUGAUUAUGGUGUGCGGAUACAAAGACAAAAGAAGACCUGCAUAGAUGCUGAGGUAUAUGGCUACACUGAUUCAAAUUUCAAUGGAGAUCAAGACGAGAAAAAGAGUACUGCAUACUACAUAAUCAUGAUCGAAUGUGCUUCAAUCUCCUGGAGCUCAAGGAAGCAAAGCAUUGUGGAUUUGUCAUCAUGUGAAGCUAAGUAUGUAGUUGCAUCGUAUGCAGCAUGGAUAAAGAUGUUGCUUGAAGAGCUCAAGAUUAUGGAACCUAAGAAUAUGAAGUUAUUUGUCAAUAACAAGUCAGCAAUCGAAGUGACGAAUCAUCCAGUGUGUCAUGGUCGAAGUAAACACAUUGAGAGAAUAUAUCAUUUUCUGAGGGAUCAAGUUAAAAAAGUGAAAACUCAAACUUGA